AUGAUAACGAAGGCAGUAGAAGCUAGUGGAACAGUUACUAUUACAACUGUAACCCAGCAACUAUUUCGAACAAAGAUGGAUUUUAAUGAAUGUUUCAUUCAUCCAAAGUCAUUCUCUUUAGACCCUAACAUUUAUACAGAACUUGUAGAACAUUAUACAAACGAGGCUUUAUGUUUUCCUGUUAAAGUUAUGGAUUGGAUUCCUAUGGACGGUUCAUUCUCAAAGAAUACAGAUAGUUCAAGUGCAACAUUUACAGCAGCUUAUACGCCUAUUAAUGUUAAAAGUAUUUGGGCACUAUUUAGAAAGAAAGACAACUAUUAUGUUAAUUUUGAGAACCCUAAGUUUAAAUAUCUUCAGCUUUCCAUGGGAGCUUAUGGAAAUAUGCCUGCAGAACCUGAAAAAUCAUAUGGACCUGUAUUUUAUGAAAUGGUUGCGAACGCCUGCAAUACAAACAAUGAUAUGAUAGGAUUUAAUGAAGAUGUUAUGAGGUCAUUGGUGGAUGAUGGUAGUGUGGAACAUAAAUGGGAUAGCUAUGACAACACACAUUUCUUAUGUGGUUUUCCAACAGAAGUGGACUUUUGCUUCCAGCAAGGUCAAACAUCUACUGCUCCAAUAACAUACAAAUUGUCUGUUAAAGGACCUAUUGAACUAGCAACUGAAAAUGUACCAAAGCCACUUAUUGGAUUUAUGAGGGAUUGUUGCUUUGCCAUUCAGGUGCGUGCUAAUAGCAUCCCCAUAAUAAGAUUAGAUGACUAUAACUUAGCUACGGACGACAGUGAGGAAUAA